AAUACCGAUUUGUUCGAGAACCGGGACAUUCGAAAACUGAGGCUCCACUGUAUAUAGGCAGGUAAUAAACAUCUCCAGAGGUGGUUUACGAAAUGCGAGCAGACUGAGAAAGACAGCAGUGAGCAAAUAAUGAAAUGCUGGCAGAAAUCAACUGCCAUAAUUUUUUUCCCCCUCUUCACUAAAAUGAGCAAAAAUAUAAAUAAGAGAUGGCUUUUGUCUGGGACUUUUGACAUCCUGUAACAGUUGAGAGUAGCUGGAGGAACGAGCGAUGCUCGUUAACUCUGACCCAAAUCAUACGAGGCAGUGGAAGCUGCUAAAACACAGAGAACACGGUGGAGUGCGGGUGACCUAGAUAGAAUUGGUUUUGAAGAAAAAAAAAAAGCAGCUGUACAUCACAUUAAAUCACUUUCAUCAAAUACAAUAAGGUAUGUCUGCUCUCUCUCACUAGUAAUGGCUUUCUGAUAAGAUUAUUUUUUGUGACAAGAAAAAUACUUCUCUUAUCAUUCCACAACCUCGUCUGAGAACCAUUUUUGCCUUGACCUGACAAACAUUAUCUGUCUUUGAGCGCGCAUGAGAGGAGGCACAUGGUCGAGACGCAUGAGGAGAACUGGUGCUGAUGAGGCAACGGCAACCAACGAGCUGUUGAAGGAAAUAAGAGGAGAAGAAAGGAUGGCAAGCAGGCAGCGUCGUGUCUCCAUUUGUGCAGUCGUGGUUGAGUGAGGCUGUGUGAUCACAUCUUAUGUUCUCUCUGAGGGAAUAAUAGCCACUCCUGACCUACUGUGAAGAACUUUCUUUGAUUCAAUCAAUGCCGCCGCCUCCCUCGGGAGGAAUUAUUCGCCAGCAAUAGGUGAACAUUCAGAAAAGAGCACCGGUCGACCAUGUGAUACUUGACCUUCACGGAGGCUUACUCCAGAGGACGUCAAACCAGAUCUGAAGCUUUUCUCAAGAGGAUCAACAAGCUCAUCAAGCUCUUCAUGUGUUGUUUGCUAAUACGCACAAAUGGCAAAGUGAAGAGGGCUAUUUAUCAAGGCUGGAUCUUCAUUCGCAGAGGAGUACCAGGCAUGAGUAUGAGACUGAUUAUUCCGACUGCGACGAGCCCGUAAGUAAGGUGGUAAGUUGGGGAAUUGAGUCUGGGAGUUGGAUGAACUAGUGUGGCCGCGAACCCCAUGGUGGACUUGCUGUGAGACGGACAAAGGACUCAGCAGUGGAGGAUGUCAGCAGAGGCCGAGCUCCAGCCGGGUGUCAAAAGCAUCCAGAGAAAGGAGUCGAGGAGGAUCAAAGGUCAGGACCGCACCGAGGCGGGGCUUAUUAAGCGUUUCCGCGGAGAUGGCGUGCGCUACAAGGCCAAGCUGAUUGGGAUUGAUGAGGUGACAGCAGCACGUGGAGACAAGCUGUGCCAGGAUUCCAUGAUGAAGCUCAAGGGCUUAGCGUCCACGGCUCGUUCCAAAGGGGAGCACAAGCAGAGAAUCUACUUGACUGUCUCUUUUGGAGGGAUCAAGAUUUACUGUGAACGAUCAGGAGUACUCCAGCAUCAGCAUUCAGUCCAUGAAAUUAGUUACAUUGCAAAGGACACCAGGGACCACAGGGCCUUUGGCUAUGUUUGUGGAAAGGAGGGCCACCACAGGUUUGUCGCCAUCAAGACCGCACAGUCAGCGGAGCCUCUUAUCAUUGACCUGCGUGACCUCUUUACACUCAUCUAUGACAUUAAGCAGCGGGAGGAGAUGGAGAAAAAGGCCCAGAAGGACAAACACUGUGAACAGGCCGUCUACCAGACCAUCUUGGAGGACGAAGCAGACGAUCCAGUUUACCAGUACAUAGUGUUUGAGGCUGGACACGAACCCCUCCGUGGCCCCCAGUCAGAGGAGAGCGUUUAUCAGGUCCCAACCAGUCAGCAGAAGGAAGGGAUCUAUGAUGUCCCCAAACGCCAUUUCAUGACUAAUAUCAACCACUUUGAUCUUUUCGGCGACAUGUCAACUCCUCCUUCGAUGCCUCCUUCACCUGCCAACACACUUGACCCAAGCAGGAGCGGCCGCCAGCAGCAGCAGCAGCCGCACAAUCCGUCCGAGAUGUACGCCCCCUUCAGCCCCACCUCUGUGCCAUCCGGUUAUAUGACCAUGGGCCCCGUGCAGGCUUCCCAGUGGGCCCAGCAGCCGUUUCCUGGCCAGGCUCAGACUCUAGCCUUCCCCGUGCAGGGGCCCCUGCAGGUGGCCCAAGUCCUGCCCGGUGGUCAGCCCCUCAUCUGGAGCCAGGCCAACAUUUUCCGAGCCACCCAGCAGCAAUGGGCGGCCAUGGCGGCGUACAUGCCGGCCCAGACUGUGGGCGUGGGGGGCCAUGCCAUCCCAGCCGCCAUGCUCCAAGGCUUGGUUCCUAUUACAACCAUGUGCCCCCAAGCCUGCGACCUGUCCGCUCCCUCCUCGGCCAUCACCAGCCCGCAGCACACGGCCGACCCGGCUAUGCUUCAGAGGCAGCUAAGCCUGGGAAGAGACGGCGGCCUGGGCGUGGACUUGGACGCAGGGGAGGGCCCGUCCACAUCAGGGGUGGGGCCCGGUGGGGUGUCCGUGAGUAGGUGUGCGACGCCGAGCCUUGUAGGCGUAACCGACGCCCUGGUCUGCACGCAGCUGCUGUCGCCCCCUGCUGCGGCCGCACUGGAAGAUGAAGGCAGUGACCUUGAUCUGUCCCGGAUGACCUUGAGUCCCGGAACAUCCACAUCGCCAUCUACCGAAUCGCCAUCCACUCCAGCUCCUCAACAGACAUCAGAGUGCCCCCCUAGCCAAGUGAACACCAUCCCUACAGACUCUGACCGUGCCGAGGAGGAACAAUUGGACUCUGCUGUCACAAGGCCAACCUCUCCAUUGCCCAAGGAAGCCAGUGAUCCAUCUGAGGAUCAGGCGUAUCCACAGGAAGACAGCUAGAGAACAUAAGAGUGGGUAUUUCAUCAUUCUUGAUUUAUCUCCCAAACGCUUCCCUUUGUGUCCUUUGUAUCCUGCUCUUUUCAUCUCCCUGUAAUUAGUCUCUCGCUUACUUUGUUAGCCAUGAUUCAACAGUCUUCUUUUUCUUUCUUUUGACUCUUUUGCUAUUCAUUUGGACCUUACUAGUCCAUAAUGUAUUUUCUCCCUUUCAUUUUACAAAGAAAGUCACAAUGUCGCUCUCUAACGGUCAUAUUUGUAAUGACACCUAGUGUUAAGACUUCCUCUGUUCUCUAGGAAAUGAGGCUGUGAAGGUCAAAAGACAAGCUUGAAAGCGUAAAAAUGAUAUGGGUGGCUAUGAACAUUUCAAAUGGAUUACAAAAACUUGACUUUUUUUAAGCCUAGUUGUCAAACUAGCUGGCCACAUCAAGAACUUUUUGCGAGCAGACUGUGGCGAUAUCAUCCAAUCAACCUUUCAGCCAGCAAGUGACCUUUCAUCUUGCCCCGAAAGUGCAGCGGGAGGUGACUGUGAGGACGACUUAAACAGCUGUGAUGAUGUUGCUCACUAAUUAAUAUUUUUUUCAAGAGGAGCAGCAUCCUUAAUGUUUGACCUUUAAUCUGUGGACCGGCGUGCACCAGCAAAGACUGUGAGAAGAUGGAUGAUGUUUUCAUGGUGUCACCAUGUCAAGUCCAUUCAUACAUUUGCAUGAGCAAACUUCAUGUGGAUUUAGCGGGCUCAGCUGUGGUAAAAAAACGGGGGUGUUUACAACUUUAUUUUAGGUCUGAAACACAUCAACACUUUGUGUUAUUUUAUUAGUCAGACAGUUGUUAGAUGGCAUACAGCUCUUGACAGGUGACAACAAAUCAGCAAAAAAAAAAAACAUUAAGCAUUAAUCUACAAAUCAAUUUGCCAAACUUUUUAUUAUUAAGAAGAAAAAAAAUCGUCCCAGCCUCUGUGCCAUAAAAUAGCGCUCUUGGAUGCACCUCAGCCUUUGACAUCUGGGUGUUUGUUUUUGCUUUUAUGCUGCCAUCUUUCUUUUUUCUGGAAAUGUCUUUGUUUAUGUUUGCUUGGUAAAAUAUGAACUGUGAAUCUGUGUUACAUGCUCGAACAAACCGAGGCUUGCUGUACCUGUUUUGAAGGGUGUGGAAAAUGGCAUAAGUCUACAGGACCCUUCUUUAAAAUGUCACAGGCCCUUUUUUCUGGUAAAUAGAUGACUGAUUCCUUCACAUCUCUUUGUUGUUUUCAUCUUCUGCUUUUUGGAAAUAUGUCCAACCCACUGGAUGAAACCGCUGACAGAUUUUUUUAUUCAUAUAAAUCAAUAGAAGUAUCACUACAAACUGCUAGAGUUACAAUUUAAAACUGCACCCCUUGCUUGUGUAAUAAUUUAGAAAACAUGAAAUAGUUCAAAAAUAUUUUGUAAAUUUUAUUUAUGGAUUUAAGAAAUAUGAAAAAGAGAGGGGAGUAAAGGGACUUUUGUACGAAUAUUAUCCCAUACACUGUACCUGUGCCACUGUUAAGUCACAAAUAAAAUAUAAUGUGAUUGCCAA